AUGGCGAAAAAGCGGAUUCAAACGGAAGAAUACAAAGAGAAAAAUAGAGAAAGCAAAGAGAAUAGUCCCACGGGAUUACGAUGCUGCAAAUGCAAUAAUUUUAAUGUAUGGCGAAUUAAGCUGAGACAAUGUGGACAUUUUGUUUGCAUUGAAUGUAUUCUCGAACAUCUCAAGUAUUGGAUUGAAGAAGAAAACAAAGCACGAAUUAAAUGCGCAAAGAGAACAUGUCCGAAGCGCAUUCAUGAAAAUGAUAUCGACGCUGUUUUUGAUCCUGAUAAUAAUGAUUUGGAGAUUUUUAUGAAAAGAUCAAAACGCGAGUAUCUAUUACAUGAGCAUCGAAAACAUAGCAUCUAUUAUGCAUUUGGAGGAAUGAUACAAAGAUGUCCACUUUGUAAGGCGCUUUACACAGAAUACGAUGGUUGUAACUUUGUACAGUGUGUUAAUAUAAGAUGCAAGCAACGAUUUUGUUGGGUAUGCAACGAGCCUACAGAAUCAUUGCAACAUUUCGCUGGUCGAGGAUGCAAACUUGGAUGGGAUGAUUUAUUCAAGCUCUGUUUCAUACUCAAAUUUUUGGCAUUCACCGAAGGAUGCCUGCUCAUCACUUUUUUACCACUCGUUUGCACAACUAUAAUAUAUUUUGGACCGUUCUUAAUACUAAUCGCACUUCCUUAUCAAAUAAUUUCGUUGUUUCGAGAAUUCAUGCGUCGAAUGAAUAAACCACCAUGGGCCAUUACUGCCUUGGCAGUGUUGCUGUUUCCGAUCAUGACAUUAGCAUCAGUUCCAUUUGCUAUUGGUUCGUUAUUAUUUCUGAUACCGAUGUCAACUGCAUACUGCGCCAUAGCAAUCAUUAAAUGUAUUCCUGUCUUUUCACGAGCUUGUAAUAUCCUUUACCUUUUAUCGAUAUUAGCUGGCUUUUUUGGUUUAGACCAAUGGCGUACUCUUUUACGGGAAAAUUAUGAAGCUAAUUGUCAACGUGAGGUGGAAAUUGCACAACGAGAAGCGGAAUUGAGCGAAAGACGACGAAUGACAGUUCAUAAAACUUCGAAAGUUUUCUAG